GAUUCGGGACUUGGGAAUUCAUUGGAAAAUUUUGGUAUUUUCUAGUGGUGACGAGGAGAUGGGAAGGUGGACAAAGAAAAUCGGACUCGUGGCUUUGAGAAAUUGGAUUUAUGUACGAGUGGGAGUGAAGAUGGAAUUGGGGGUGGAAGGACACUGUCUCGGAUUAUGCAUUGCAUCUAGAUGGCUCACAUGGUGGAAGAUGAGAGUCACUUCACCCUUACUUUUUAUUUCAUGUACUGUUGCCCCGCAAUACCUUCAACUUCUCUUUUUUCUUAAGCUUUGAUUCACACGAUAUCGUCGAUUACAUUGAGAAAUCUUGCAAUAGCUUCGUUGUGUUUACUCUUGCGACAGAUAUUGUAAGUUGAUUCCUCCGGGAAAGCUUCUUGCUGAAUGAGAAUAUUUGCUUCUUACUGACCUUUCACCACAGUCAGCUUUCCACAUCCCCAAGUCUUUUCGACCAGACACUCAGCUUAGCAUCUCGAGGUUUUCAGUCUUUAAUACUUCAGCCCUGGAGUUCCAUGAACACAAAAUUGCAAACUUUCUAGUUUAGCUCAAUAUGGCUAUCUUGAAUACAACUCAAGGCGAAGUCGAGGUCCGAAUCAAGAGAUAUCCGGACAAUACGUAUUACGACGAAUAUAUCAAAGUCGAGCGCAAGGAACUAGCCUCCGAUACCAUGCGUACGAGGUACAUCGUUGCAGAACCAGACACCAUAUACUAUAUCGAAGUAACAUUGGAAGCCGGUUUCGAUUUUGGUGAAUAUGAACUUAUUAGUGCGAAUUUGUACUUUUCCGAUCAAGUAAAUCAUAUUUCUGCUACGUAUUUUCAGAAUCCUGAAGGCCCAAGAAAAAUAAGGGAGAGUAUGGUCCAGAUGAUCCAGUAUGCCGAUGUAGAAGUUGAUGGAGAGAAGGUGCAUGGGGCAAGAUUUGCAUUUAGAGGUAUUGAAAUAGAUGAAAAUCUUUCCGAUGAGACAGAUAUCAUGGGUAUCCAUCCGGAUAGUCUCGUGAAAUUUUCAGUUAGGCUAUUCUUCUACAAAGAGGAGACCGUCACACUAUCUGAUGACGAAUACGACAAGGCAGCAAUGGAGUUCAGGAAAGAUCUCUUAAACUUUCAACGCAUUUCGUCCGCUUUCAGGUCUCAGGACGAAGUCAUUCAUCCUGCAGUCAUUCAGCCCAAUGUUCGAAAUCUCUGGGACGCCAAAAGGGUUGACAAGGAUAGCUACAAAAAACGUGGCAUCAACUCAGCUGUCGGGUUUUCUGGAGGGGAAAAGCAGCCGAACGUUCCGUCGAGAGAUUCUAUGUACACGAAGGCACGUUUUUUAGAGCCUAAAAUGCCAAAACGUGUUACUACAAAGUUUACCACCGCUCUUGGCUCCGGCACAUUUGAAUAUCAUUGCAGGGCCGCAGAGUUCCUAGAACUGGCGGGUAUCAUCAAGUACCCUCCGCCUCUUCACUGUUAUUCGUGGGCUAUCUUGAUUGAGAGCGAAAGAAAGAUAGCUUUAGCUGAGUUGCAAGAUUUGAGCAAGAAGCAAUGGCAUGAAGAUCGAGAGAAGGAGACCGGCUUGAUACUCCCAAUGGUUGGUAGCAGAAUCAAGUCGGAGGAUAGUCCAUGGGAAUGGCGUCAUUGGGACAAGAUGUAUGCUGCUGAGAAACAAAAAGCGUUUGAUAAGCUUCAGACAGAUAAGAAGAAUCGCCAGCGAGGUAUCACACAGCAUCAGUAUAAGAAUAUAAUGGGCCAAAUAGUUUCUCUAGAUGAAAGAGACAACAGCGCAUUCCCAAAGUCUAUGGAUAAGGACAAGGACGACAAGAAAAAGUUGAAGAGUGAGCUUGACAAAGAUGGGUCACAAAUCAAGGAUAUUCCAGUCGCAAACAAAAUCAAAGACGAGAAAUCUGAUCUGAACGAUCAGGAUAAUUUGGAUGCUGUUGUUCCUCGAAACAAUAAUUGCAUUCCGGACUCGGCUUCGAAGUCUGAUAGACUCACAGAGGGGUCUUCGGAUGAGGAUUUGAAUAAGAAAAAAGCUAAACUGAAAAAAAUGGAAGAAGACAUUGCGCAAGAAGAGAGAGUCAUGAAAAAGAAGCGGGAGCGUGAUGCUUUGCAAGAGAGAAUAGAUUCGGCCGAAUCUAAGAAGCGAGUUAGGAAGGAGUGAGCGAUGGGUCUACUCUUCGGUGGUAAAGCGUUCUUGGAUCUUAUCUGGUCGGCAUCAGAGGACCUUCUUGAUGGGUUUACUAAGUUUUUCUGGGGAAAUAUCCCAAUACACUUAACAUGUUAUUGUUCAUAAAUAGCAUAUUACAUUACUCUAUACCUCAAUAGUAGAAUUAAGCCUCUCUUUUGCCA